AUGAUCUCGAGCUUUUUGGAGCAGCUGCGGCAAUUCAACGCUAGAGAAUUUCUGAGCCAAUUUAUUUCUUUGGCUUUUGUGUUAUGUAGUGCUCUAGUAAUUUGGAAAUCAGUAUCAAUUUAUACCAAUUGCCAAUCGCCAAUUGUGGUGGUGUUAACGGGAAGUAUGAUUCCAGCUUUUUACCCUGGUGAUAUUCUUUUCCUAAGUCUCAGUCCUGAACCAGCACGUCUUGGAGAUAUUGUUGUUUAUAAAUUGGAAGGAAAGGAAAUUCCGAUUGUGCACAGAGUGAUCCGAUUGCAUAAUGUUCAUAAUCAAACCAAUUUAUUCGAAGGAAAAGACGAUGAUAAUUUGAAAAUGUUAACGAAAGGUGAUAAUAAUGGUUAUGAUGAUAGAUUUGGAAUUUACACUAAAAAACUGCAAUGGUUGCAUAGAAAUCAUAUGGUAGGAAGAGCAAAGUCUAUUUUGCCAUAUAUCGGUCAGGUUACAAUAAUUAUGAACAAUUAUCCUGCAGUGAAAUAUAUUGUUGUUGGCCUCUUAAUUUUGCUUGUUUUAACGAAUAAGGAAUAA